CCGCGUGUGCGCGGAGCAGCUGACGGACUUGGAAGCUCUCUGACUUAAGUCUCGCAGCAAAUCCCUUUAGCCGCGAGCUGACAUGGCUUGACUGAUUCCUGCGGGAAGUCUUCAGGAAAUGCAACAGGUGGAGGAGCUGUGGUUGUGAACCCUGGACCAUCCCCUCAUUAGCGUGUCCGGCUAGCUGCUGUGUGUCACUACUUGAAGGUGCCUGAGAGGAGAGGAGGGAGUCGGACGGGCAAACCACUGCACACACGGUCAGGUGCCACCAUGGAUGACAACAGUGUCAGUGACUCCAAUGUAAAGGUGGCUGUUCGUGUGCGGCCAAUGAACAGGAGAGAAAAAGACCUGAAAACCAAAUGUGUGGUGGAGAUUGAUGGGAACCAGACAGUCCUGCAUCCAGCCGUCACUAGUAUGAACACAGCAGACCCCCGGAAUCAGCCCAAGGUCUUUGCGUACGACUACUGUUUCUGGUCUAUGGACGACUCUCAGAAAGACAAGUUUGCAGGUCAGGACGUGGUGUUCCAGUGCCUCGGGGAGAGUCUGCUGGACAAUGCCUUCAUGGGCUACAACGCCUGCAUCUUUGCUUACGGGCAGACGGGUUCUGGGAAGUCGUACACCAUGAUGGGCUCGUCAGAGCAGCCCGGUCUUAUCCCUCGACUCUGCAGCUCGCUGUUCAGCAGGACUGAGAAGGAGGCCCGUGAAGGGGAGAGCUUCACUGUGGAGGUGUCCUACAUGGAGAUUUACAACGAGAAGGUCCGAGACCUGCUCGACCCGAAGGGAAGCCGACAAGCGCUGAGAGUCAGAGAGCACAAAGUUUUGGGGCCUUACGUGGACGGUCUCUCCCGUCUGGCUGUGACCAGCUACGAGGACAUCGAGUCUCUGAUGUCAGAGGGAAAUAAGUCUCGCACGGUGGCGGCCACAAACAUGAAUGAGGAGAGCAGCAGGUCGCACGCCGUGUUCAACAUCAUCCUCACGCACACGCUCAUGGACCUGCGGUCUGGGACGAGCGGGGAGAAGGUGAGCAAGCUGAGUCUGGUGGAUCUGGCUGGAAGCGAGCGGGCAGCGAAGACUGGAGCUGCAGGGGAGCGGCUCAAAGAAGGCAGCAACAUCAACAAAUCUCUCAGCACUCUGGGUUUAGUCAUCUCUGCCUUGGCUGACCACGGAGCAGGGAAGAACAAGAGCAAGUUUGUCCCCUACAGAGACUCUGUGCUCACCUGGCUGCUCAAGGACAGCCUCGGAGGGAACAGUCGCACCGCCAUGGUGGCCACUAUCAGCCCAGCAGCAGACAACUACGACGAGACGCUGUCCACUCUUCGUUACGCCGACCGGGCCAAGAACAUCGUCAACCACGCCGUGGUGAACGAAGACCCCAACGCAAGGAUCAUCCGCGAGCUACGAGAGGAAGUGGAGAAGCUGAAGGAGCAGCUCACCGAGGCGGAGUCUAUGAAGGCCCCCGAGCUCAAGGAGCGACUGGAGGAGUCGGAGAAACUGAUCCAAGAUAUGACGGUCACCUGGGAGGACAAACUUAGGAAAACGGAGGCCAUUGCACAGGAGCGUCAGAGGCAGUUGGAGAGUCUGGGCAUUUCUCUGCAGUCGUCUGGUAUCCGAGUGGUCGACGAUAAGUGCUAUCUGGUCAACCUCAACGCUGACCCUGCCCUCAACGAGCUGCUGGUCUACUACCUAAAAGAUCACACGCGCGUGGGUUCAGCUGACUCACAGGACAUCCAGCUGUGUGGGAUGGCCAUCCAAGCAGAACACUGUGUCAUUGACGUCACAGAGAGCCACGGCGUGGUGCUCACUCCUCACCGCAAUGCUAAAACGUACGUGAACGGCACCGAGGUCGUGAAUCCCGUGCAGCUUCACCAUGGCGACAGGAUCCUGUGGGGGAACAACCACUUUUUCAGGAUCAACCUGCCCAGGCAAAGGGUGCAAAAGGGGGGCGAGGAAGAGGAGGAUGCCGCGAUGACAAAGCGUUCGAGCAGCGACUGUCUGGAGGUCGGCGAGCCGGACGCGUGCAGCGACGUGUCGAGCGAGAGGAGCUUCGGCUACGAGUUCGCCCAGGCCGAGGUCAUGAUGAAAGGCAUGUGGAACAACGACCCGUUGCAGUCAGUGUUGCAGACCCUGGAGAAGCAGCACCAGGAGGAGAAGCGCUGUGCUCUGGAGCGCCAGAGGCAGAUGUAUGAACAGGAGCUGCAGCAGCUCCGCCAGCGAGUCACCCCCGAGAAACCAUCGGGCGUCCCAGGCAGGGCUACUGCAGCCGUGUUGUCAGCCGGCUCGAACAAACGUGUGCGUCGCUGGAGCGAGGACAGAGAGGCCAUGAUAACCCGCAGCCUGCGACGACUUAAAGAGCAGAUCGUUCGGGCUAGGCUGUUGGCUCAGGAGGCCGGCUUCAUUGCUGAGGAGCUCAACAAAAGGACAGAGUAUCUGGUCACUCUGCAGAUCCCGGCCGCCAACCUGGACGCCAACAGAAAGCGCGAUGCAGUGCUGAGCGAGCCGGCCAUCCAGGUGCGGCGUAAAGGUAAAGGGAAGCAGAUCUGGGCUCUGGAGAAGAUGGAGAACAGGCUGGUGGACAUGAGGGAGCUCUACCAGGAGUGGAAGGAGCUGGACGAAGACAAUCCAGUGAUGCGCUCCUAUUUCAAACGUGCCGACCCCUUUUUCGAUGAGCAAGAGAAUCACAGCCUGAUCGGUGUGGCCAAUGUCUUCCUGGCCUGUUUGUUCUACGACGUCAAACUGCAGUACGCGGUGCCCAUCAUCAACCAGAAGGGAGAGGUGGCAGGUCGGCUUCACAUCGAAGUGUGGCGUGGUACAGAGAGCUGUGAAGAGGAAGGUGGAGGCGGUCCUGACAAGCAGCUGAGCAGCACAGAUGGAGAUCCACAUGAGCGCAGACUCCGCUGCGUGGUGAAAAUCCUCCAGGCCACCGGGCUUCCUCGCCACCUGUCCAACUUUGUCUUCUGCCAGUAUCGCUUCUGGGCGCAGGAGGAGCCGGUGUUCACCGCUCCAGAGGUGGCCUCUUCCAGCUCGGCGUCCGCCUCCAGAGACCCUCAGUGUACUGUAGUGUUUGACAGCACCAAGGAAUUAUCUGUGCCGGUAUCGGAAGAUUUUGUGGAAUUUCUGGCUGAGGGGGCGGUGGCCAUCGAAGUGUACGGUCACAAACAGGCUAACCAUCGCAGGAAUCUGGCACUGUGGGACCUGGGAGUGAUCCAAGCCAAGACCAGAUCCCUCAGAGAGAGGUGGAGCGAGGUGACCCGGCAGCUUGAAUUGUGGGUGAAGGUGAUGGAGCUGAAUGAGGCGGGAGAGUUCACAGCUGUAGAAGUUGUUCCUGCUAAAGACGUCCGGACAGGAGGAAUCUUCCAGCUCAGACAGGGACAGUCUCGGCGAGUGCAGGUGGAAGUUUGUCCAGUGCCGGACUCGGGCACCAUGCCACUCGUUGCAGCCUCCAUCCUGUCUGUGUCUAUUGGAGAUGUAAAGGUCCGACAGGUGCGUCUCCCCAAAAACGAUCCAAAACAGGUUACAGAUGAAGAAAUGGACAGCUAUCAGGAGGUGGACCUGGAGAGGAUGAGGGAACAGUGGCUGGUCACGCUGACGCAGAGACAGGAGUAUUUGGACCAACAGCUGCAGAAGAUCGUCUGUAAAGCAGACAAGUCGGAGGAUGAUGUUGAAAGGGAAUCGCAGCUGUUGGAGUGCCGGCUGACCCUCACCGAAGAACGGAACGCCGUCAUGGUCCCGUCCGCUGGCAGCGGCAUUCCUGGAGCGCCAGUAGAGAGGGUCCCUGUACCUGGGAUGGAAACACACACUCCUGCCCUGUUUCUGGAUCUCAGUGCCGACGAUUUCCAGUCCAGUCUGUCGGCCCCGCUGGCCGGAGGACAGGACGCGCUGCUCAGUGGGGAAGAUGAAGACGACUUCUUUGACCUCCAUAUUGUUAAACACUAUGAUCCAGAGGUGAAGGCCGAGGCGUCCUGGGACUCCACGGUCCACGAGUGCCCCCAGCUGAGUCGCGUGGCGCCCGCUGACCAGAGGGUGUACCUGACGGUGCGCACGGUGGUGCAGCUGAGCCAUCCGGCCCACAUGCAGCUGGUCCUCAGGAAACGCAUCUGUGUCAGUGUUACUGGGAGACAGGGUUUUGCCCAGAGUCUGCUGAAGAGGAUGUCUCAGCGGAGCUCCGUCAGCGGCUGUGGGAUCACCUUUGAAGUGGUUUCUAACAUCCCAGGAGACAUCCACGGUCCAGAGGACAGGGAGAUGCUGGCCCGGCUGGCCGCCAGCGCAGAGGACGAGCAGUCGGCCGCCAGCGAGGCAGCCAUCGAGAAAUACCUCCGCAGUGUCCUGGCUGUGGAGAACAUCCUGACGCUGGACAGGCUCAGACAGGAGGUGGCUGUGAGGGAGCAGCUGGCUGGCAGAGGAAGAGCUGCCAGACGGUGCCUGAGCUCGCCGGACAUCGAGCGGCUGUCAGACAGCAGCCUGGAUCUUGGCUCCUCCCCUCUUAAGCUCAAAGACUUCAAGGCCUGGGACAGUCAUCACGACCUCUCUGUGGCGCCGCCUCCUCCUUCCAGACGCACCCUUCCCAGCUCCUUGUCCCAGAAUCUGAACGCAGAGACGGAGCAUUCAGGCUUCACUGCUUCUUCUCUCCCUUUAGUGAAGGCCGUACCCAGGCUACUGAAGUCGCUGCUUCCUGGUGGGAAAGAGGGCAGAGACCAGACAGCUGUCCAUCAGCAGAGUCUGCCGCGCAUCGUGGUGCAGUCGGCCAGCGUUGAAGAGGACAUGAGCAAACAGCGGCAGGCGGUCCCCAUUGAUGAAACAGAAAUCCCCAGAUCUGUGCCUCUUCCACCUCCAAUCAUCCCAGAAACUGAAGACUCCACCACCAGUCCAGUGAGCGAGGCUUCCAGUGGAUAUAUGUCAACAAGCAUAUCUACAGUAACGCUGUCAGAAGUCUACACGCUGAGCUGGGACUUGCCUUCGUCAUAUGGUAGCAGGGAUGGCUUUGAAACUGUGCUCGAUGAGCACGAGGAGGAAAAUGUUGUGACACAGAAGUUCUCUCCUUUCUCUGACACCACACAAUCGGACACUCUUAUUUUAGACCAAUCAGGGCCUCAGGAAUUACUGAGUUUGAGACAGAAAGCAGAUGCAGAGAGUAUGGAGCAGGAGCCAUCUGAACCAGAUGUUAUGCCGAGUCAACAAGAACCAAAUCGGUUCCUAUCAGACCAGUUAAAGGAGGCCGAAAAAUCUGAUCCAGCUGCAGAAGCAGAAUUGCCAGACCAGACCGAACAAAAACAGGACCGUGGAUCAGAGCAACGAGAUCAUUCAGAGGUGGCACAAAACAAUGGGACCAAGCAGACAGAAGUGCGCCAUGUAGACCACAGUGAACCAAAGACUCCUUCAAGAGAAGAUCUCGAGGUGGCUGCCACAAACAAAGUAGAAUGUGAACUGGCGUUUUCUAAUGAGACACAACGAUCUGCUCAAGAAGGAGCGAGGCGUUUGGAAUCAACCGUCCUGCAACCCCAGCAGCGCACACAAGAGCAGACGGCUUCAGACUUUAUUCAAGAUCCUUCUCCAAGCCUGAUCCAAGCCUCAAGUCCUGAUCCAGGACCGCCUGUAGACCUGGCUGCUCAAGCUUCAUCCAAGCAACAGUCAACUUCUGAUGUUCCAGAAACAAAUGGUGCCUCCUUCCUACCCUCAUCCUCAGCCACCAGUGAGGUUCAGCAGCCAGCAGCUUCUGUCAAACCUGCCAAAGGCCCCAUUUCUUCUCCCAAAUCAGGUCCCUCAGUAGCUAACCCCUUCAAGAUCCAGAAAGUGAAGUCUUCAGACCUCAAGUCAUUUCUGCAGAUUCUGAGUGAGGAGGAGCAUGAUACCCCCACACUGGUGAACCAACCCUCAAGUUGUGGGACAGGACCCAACCUUUCAGUGCCGAAGGAAAGUCUGGAAAUCAUCUCUGACACAGAGGAUGGAGAUACAGCUGCUUCUGCUGUUCUUCCCGAGUGGUUGAAAGAGGGCGAGUUUGUGAGUGUGGGGGCUAAUAAGAGUGGUACGGUGCGAUAUUUGGGACCCACAGAUUUUGCAGAGGGGACUUGGGUUGGAGUGGAACUUGAAGUACCAGCAGGAAAGAACGAUGGGUCAGUGGCUGGUAAGCACUACUUCCACUGCAACCCUGGUUACGGCGUGUUGGUAAGACCUGACAGGGUAACCCGUGGCGAUCCCAAACGCCAUCGCCAGCAGCAACAAAAACGCCGUAGUGCCCAUCUGUCGGGGUCCAGCCCAAACCUGGCAGCCCUUACAGCUCUGGCCAAAGGCGAAGGUGGAACCGGAUCAACCGGUCGCGGCAGGGGGGAGAACCGCAAGUCGUGGAACACUUAAAUGGCUCAUUGCUGGGCAUCCCCAGCACAUCACUGCCCAUAUGGGACAAAAGCUUAAGCCUACUGGCACAGUGGUGUCUGGCGUACUUUAGACCGAUUUACUGGAGGUUUGACAGUAAGUUUGGAUGAGUCACUCCACGCUCUCGUGUCUAGAGGAUGAUUUUUGGCUUUUCCUGUUACAGGACUCCAUUCCUGUGUGACGUACUUGGCAGACAUUGGAUGUUUUAUCUGAAAAUGUGAAUGCUUUUAGAUAAUUACACGCUAACCUUUUAUAAAUGUAUUUAUUCAAAAGACAUUACAUUGUAAUCAAAGCACUGCGACCUGUAUAUGUCGUGUAAGGAAGCGAGGGUACACAUGAAGUACGCUACAGACGGAUUCACAGGAGGCACAGUCUCCUUUUUACUGUGCAUACCAAAAAUGCCCCCCCCCCCCAAAAAAAAAGGCUAGCCGAUUUCUUUCUCGUGCAGUUCCAAAGAUAAACAAAUAUGAGUGCAGACAUCCAGAUGUGUGUUUUGUAAUGUAUGACUAUAUGGUGUGCUAUUAGUCUUGUGCCUUGAAAUGCUUUGAAUAAAGCCUUUGGAAAAAUGCCUUGGACACGUCCCACCGCACUGUGUAGGAAUAAAGGGGAUUAUUCUGAUGUGAUUCUGCUGGUUAAAAUCAUUGCACUCGUCAAAAAUGCUACUGCUGGAAUUUUGCAACAGUUAUAAAUCUAUAUUUUCCUCUUCCUGUCAAGCAAAUGCAGGAAUCUGCAUUAGUUUCACGUGAGGGUGUUUGAGAACGUUACUUGUGACUUUCCCUGUAUGUGCUGCAGUCUGAUGUUUGGUGAGGAUUGUGUUGGUUUUAAUGUUGUGUUAGUUUUUGUGCAGAAAUGUGUUUUAUACAUUUGCAUUUAAAAUGAUCAAGCUUGAAUGUUUGUUUAAAGAUCAACUUUUUAUAAGUGAUAAUAAAUCAAUUUAGUGUGUG